AUGUCGGACGAACAUGCAAGGAAAGUGGGCGUGGAGACCGUUGCGGCGGUCUUCAUGCCCCUGGCGACCAUCGCGGUCAUGCUGCGCUGCUACGUCCGCGCCCGGGUUGUGAGAGCCUUUGGCAUCGACGAUGGGGCGAUGGUAUUUGCAGCGGUGUUCUUUAUAAUGUUCUGUGCUUGUGUGAUCGGAGGUACUCGAAAUGGUACUGGGUACAAAUUUGAAAACCUUACACCGGAUCAUCGCGCGAUAGCCAUGAAUUAUUGGUGGCUUUGCGAAGUUGCUUAUUGCUUUGCUUCGAUUGGAUGCAAGAUUUCAGUGUGCAUUUUCCUGAUGCGAAUCACUGUCAAGCGGGUCCAUAUUUGGAUUCUUUACAUUGUGAUGGUUCUCACUGUUCUUGCGGGGUUGGUUUUCUUCUUCCUCAUGCUUCUUCAGUGCAAGCCGGUGUCCUACUUCUGGAAUCGAACAAGAGAAGAUCCCUCUAUUGAGGGCUACUGCAUCGAUAUCCACAUCAUCGUUAUUAUGACAUACAUUUACAGUGUGUUCUCCGCACUUUGCGAUUUCACCGUUGGAAUCCUUCCGAUCUUCCUAGUGAAAGACCUGCACAUGAAGAAGAACGCCAAGGUGGCCGUGAUCGGAAUUCUAAGCAUGGCUUGCAUUGCCUCAUCAGCAGUUAUCGUCCGUUUCCCCUUCGUUCGGACAUUCGAGGACCCUGACUUCCUUUACGCUACCUAUCAAAUCGCCAUCUGGUCUAUCACCGAAGCCGGCCUCGGAAUCACAGCAGGUAGUCUAGCAACCCUCCGUCCCUUGCUCCGCCACUGGCUCGGCUCUCGUGCCGAUAACUACCCUUCAUCCGGAUUCCCUCGUGCAUCAGAUGGCCGACGCGUCGGUGGCAGUGGACAGAGGGCGGUACCGCUGGGAUCGAUGGACACCGCCAACAGAAGCGGACUGCGACCCGAUAAACUGGCGGUGAUGGUGACAAAUAUUGAGAGCCAAGGGGGCAUUGGAAGCCCCUGGACGAGAACGUCCAGCCAAAACAGCAGUGAAGAGGGAUUGACUAUUGAGCACUCGCCUCGUCUUCCCGCGGGACAAAAGAUAGAAGUCGGUGUUCACCAAACGUUUGAGGUUACACAUGGUGAUUUCCCUGAGGGAUCUCACAGAGAUGCCAGUGUGAAAGAACAUGUAUAA